GAUUGGCUGAGCAGAGCGUCGUGUCAGGGCGGCGGAGACCGAGGUGGCUGGCUGGGCUCUGCAGCCUGUCCCCGGGAAGCCGGGAGAGCUGACAGAUGAACGUGAGGCGGUCCCUGCUCGGCCUCACCUUCUGCACCUGUUACCUGGCUUCUCACCUCACCAACAAGUAUGUCCUGUCUGUCCUGAAAUUUACCUACCCUACAUUAUUCCAAGGGUGGCAGACAUUCAUUGGUGGACUUUUGCUUCAUAUGUCAUGGAAACUAGGAUGGGUGGAGCUCCACAGCAGUCCAAGCGCUCUCUCAGAUUCAGCCAGAAUGGCUGACCAUCAAGCCCCAAGGAUCCUCCUGUCCCCCCAGUGCUGGGAUUACAGAUGUGCACUGCCACACCCAGAUUCUCCGUGGGUUCUGGGGAUCUUACUCAGAUCCCCAUCUUUGCAUAUCAGAUCUGAUGUUUUGAUAUGGCUUCCUGCUUCAGCGCUGUUUGUGGGCAUAAUCUAUGCGGGGUCCAAAGCUUUGUCUAGACUGGCUGUUCCUGUGUUUUUCAUUUUGCAUAAUGUAGCUGAAGUUCUCACCUGUGGGUACCAGAAGUGUGUCUGGAAAGAGAAAACAUCGCUCUCAAAGAUCUGUAGUGCCCUCUUCCUCUUGGCUGCUGCAGGGUGCCUUCCCUUCCAAGACUCUCAGUUUGAUCCAGAUGGAUAUUUUUGGGCUCUUAUCCACAUCUUUUGUGUAGGUUCUUACAAAAUACUUCGGAAGUCCCGGAAGCCCACUGUGCUAAGUGACAUUGACCAGCAGUACUUAAACUAUAUAUUCAGCAUGGUACUCCUGGCAUUUGCAUCUCAUCCGACAGGUGACCUCUUCGGUGCCCUGGACUUUCCAUUCUUGUAUUUCUACAGGUUCCAUGGCAGCUGCUGUGCCAGUGGAGUUUUGGGAUUCUUCCUCAUGCUCAGUACAGUCAGGCUGAGAAGCAUCCUGGCCCCAGGGCAGUGCGCAGCCUGGAUCCUCUGUGCUAAGUUGGACAGGUCUCCAGUGGGGACUCACAGCUUCCAUGUCUGCAAGUUGGUCAUGAGCUGAGACAGAAGAAUUCACAGGCACUGGCUGUGAUGUUAAAGACCGGCAGUUUCCAAGUGCCUGAUCGGACACAGGGAAUACUGGUACCAAACAGUGUUGUGUAGCCUAACUGUCACACUUCUGGCUGUAUUCCCAAGAGAAAGGAAAACCACCAGAGCUCACAGGGACAAGGCCAUGGAACAGAAGUGACAGCACACAGACAAGGCCAUGGAACAGAAGUGGCGGCAAAGUGGUAGUGACAAGACUGAGAGGACGCUGGACUCCUGAACUGUGCCCUUAACAGCUGAACUUCAUGACUUACACAUUUUAAAAAAGCUGUUUUGAAAAUAGCGUUAAGUUAUCGUGUAAAGUAUUAGAUUUCACUAUGACAUUUUCAGAGCUAAUUUUUGCUGACUUCUGCCUUACCAUGUAGCCUGCCUCCCCUUCUUCCAUCACAUUUCCUGCUACCCUGCUUCUUACCACCUGACUGCCCUGCCUGGCUUUGAAGCUGCCUUUUCACUAAGGCGUCUGGGUGUCACUUGCAGAAAGGAAGAUGUUGGAGCCUUGCUGUUCCGGCUGUCCGCUGCUGUCUCCUGGAUGCCAUGACUGUUUCUAACAAAUAGCUAAAUUCUCCAGUGAAGAGAUAAGCCCAGACUCCCCACAGCUUGGCAGAAGUAUUGUAUUGUUUUGUUCAGCUGCACAGGUGAGGACCUGGGGCUGUCAGGCACACUCUUGUAUGAGGGGCUGAGGAGGGUUUAAAAAAACAAAACAAACAAACAAACAAACAAAAAAACCAGCCUGCCUGCCAUUCCCUCAGGUAAAUGUUUUAAAUAAAUAAACACAAAGUUCCAGAGCUGUGCUUCUCACUGGGUGUACCUGCUAGGUCUGGGCUGGGUACCUCCCAGGGGGAUGGCCUCAGGCCUGCUGUGUUGGAUGGCUUCCCUCCUGCCUCUCAGGCUCCCUUUUCUUUGGAGUUAGGAUUGGACACUUUUUAAAGCAAACUUUUCAAGUUGAAAGCUCUCUGGGUCCCAGCUUGCCAGGCUCUAGGCACACAUUGCUGUGUGUUGUGGGUAGUGAUGUAGAGGAGAGGUGACCUGCCAGCUUUUGUGAGAGAGAACAGGGAGGAGAACAGACUCCCUGAGGGUAUGGAGUAUGGCCAACCAAGGUAGGCUGGAAAAUAAACUUCUGCUCUGCUACUUGGAGACAAUCUACAAGUCCUUGAUCCCUGUUAUAGAAAGGGGUUGGUGUGCUGGUGAGGAGAUCUUUAGCUUCCCCCUGCCAUUUGAAGUACGAUGACAUCUUUCUUGUGGUCCCUAGCAGACAGAAAUCUUAGGUCCUUCUGCCUAGGGUAAAACAUAGACAUUGUUAGCUCUGUAGGCAGUCAGGCCCAGGUCUGGCGUUACCUCAGGUCCACCUCACACUUGUGGACUAGAGGAUGGAAGUGCAGGGAGUGUCGCAGCUGCCACUCAUGUGUGCCCACUUCCUGCUGGGCAGUGUGGCAGAUACUUUGGCACACAUUUCUUAUUUUAAUUAUAGUUGUUUGAUUCAAACGUGUACUUCUCUCCCACCCUCCUUUUGGGAAUGGAGGUAAAAGGAUAUCAUAUCAUUUGUAUAAAUAUGAAUGAAGGAGCUCAGACUUGAAACCAUGUCUCAGGGUUAAAUUCAGGGCCCCCUGAGAAGUACCAGUAUCGGUGCUGCUGCUCCACUGUGUGAAUGAUACUGGAUAGAGGGAGCCUGGGUGAGACUGUCAUGCGUGGGGCUGGUAGAAAGGCUUGUCAUGGACUCCCACACUCGGUUGUGAGUAGCUAUGUGAUGUAGAGAACACCCCCAGGAAACUGAGAACUGGUGGAAAGAAGCAGCCUGCCACACACAGGAGCUCGACCUGUGGAGCACCCUCCACUAACCACCCUCCACUCAGUGCUGAGUCAGCAUGCCUCAACAGAAGUUAAACAUGGGAAAGCAGACUGCAUGGUAUCUUCCUUAGGCUUUUGAGGUUUCCAGUGUGUAUGGUAUGCUGUAGGCUAUGCUAACCAUGAGUGUAACAGAUAAAUCUUGUUUGUUUAUUUGUUUGUUUGUUUUGAGACAGGGUUUCUCUGUAUAGCCCUGGCUGGCUGUAAACCAGGCUGGGCUUGAACUCACAAAGAUCUACCUGCCUCUGCCUUCUGAGUGCUGGGAUUAAAGGAUUGCACCAUUGCCCAGCUAACAUUUUUCUUAUGACUUCAUUUUGAUCCGUGACUUGUGGAACUUUAGAAAUUAGUUAUUUCCUUCAUUAAAAGGGGAAACUUGAGCUGGGCAGCACAGAGCAAUCCCAGCACUUAGUAGGUAGAGACAAGGAGGGUCAAGAGUUCAAGGUCAUUCUCAGCUAUAUAGCAAGUUCUAGGCCAGCCCAGGCCACAGGACUGUAUAACUGUAGAGUAGAGUUUAUUCAGGGCAUGGGAAAGGGAGUUAAGAGGGUAGUAGAGACAGAGAAAGGCAGAGAGAGGGAGAGAGUAGAGAAGUAGAGGCUGGCCAUGAACAAGUGGAGGGGGGAAUGGGAAGGGGAGAGGAAGAGCAAGAGAGAAGAGAGCAAAAGAGAGCAAGAGAAUAAGAGAGGGAGGAGGGGGCCAGCAGCUCCCUUUAUAGUGGGUCAGGUCUACCUGGCUGUGGCCAGGUAACUGUGGGGAGGAGCAUACCUGGCUGUUGCUAGGUAACCGUGGGGGUGGAGUUUAGACUGAAUACUAACAUUACCCCGUUUUGAUUUAAUUAAAAAAGAAAACAUUAGAAUGAGGCGAAAGUGAAGCAGGAAUAGGGUUGUCGUGAUCUCUGGCUGCUUCAUGUUGGCUUUGGGGGUGAUGUGUCUCUAGGGAACCUAGAAGAAUGAGUAUGAGGGAUGUUUGUCCAGUCUUAGGAGAGUUGGCUAUUUCCUGUUGUCCAGGGCCUGUGGAGCCAUCUGAGGAUAGGUCAGAAGCAACAGGCCCAGUAGAAGCGUGUGUCUGUGACAGGAGAUUGGAGCAUCUGGAAGUUGCUCCUCUGGAGCUGUCCUGAGUAUAGUAAGCCUGGACUUGGCAAGAUGGUGAAAACACAUUAUUAUAGGUAGAGAAUAGAUUAAGUACAUUUGGGAGAAGGAAAUUUUUUCCUAGGUUGUACAUUUGAAACCCAGAGGAAUCCCACCCUCUGGAGUAGGUAGCAAGCGGGAGCUUUAGGCAGACGGACUUAUCAGGGUAGAUUCUGUUUGGUCCAUGAGAGGUAGAUCUGAGUGGGUUUCCUGUAGCUUAUACGUUUACAAAAGAGAUAACAACAUGAGUUAACAACAUGGACAAUCUUUAAGAUGAGCCUAUUAUGGAGCAGAAGGAACAAAAAUUUGUGAUUAAAAAGUCAGAUCAUAUAGUGUAAUGUUUUAUUAGAGUUAAGAACUCAAUUGAUGUUAGGACAGUGGCAUAGCAAGAAGAGGAAAGUAAGGAAGUAACAGAUGACAUCUGGGAAAGCUUUUUCUGGCGGUCAAGCUGGUUGUCUUAGAUGUCAAUGUAGUCAGAAGUCUGAGAAAGAAUAAACAAUAAUCUACCAGUCAUAUACCCAUUAUAUAUUAUUUUAAAAAUGACAGAGUUCACUAGCCAACACUUCUCUGUGGUCUCCUUGGCAACUUGAGCAGAUUCUGUCUGGCUUUCAAGUGCAGAAGACACAGGGCUUUUUCUCUGUGGAAUGGAUACAUGUGACAUGAGAAAUGGCUUACCUUGAUUUAGGCAAUAUAUGUCAUUUGACUCAGGGUAUCCAGUUUUGUCCACUGUGUUUUUCAGUAAUUAUCAUAUAGAAAUCCAGGCAGUAUCCUGUAGCUGUGUCCACAUCUUCUGAGACCUCAUGGGGUUUUAAACUGUUAAAGGCUUUGGGAAUUUUGUCUGUUAUAAACUUGAUAACUAGCAAACUUCUGACAAGACUGAGGGCUAUAUCGAUUGGCUAUAACUGAAUAGGACACACUAUAGUUUAAUGGCAGUAAUAACAGUCAUCACCUAUCAAGGUAGGACAGGAGUGAGAAUCUUAAAUAACUCUGACAUGCUGUGUAAGUAGAGAAAAGCACAUUUUUGCAUUAGCAAACAAACAUUUGGCUAGUCCAGAGUAAGAAAGCUGGCAGCAGUGGCAUAAGAUGGUGAUGACAGAAAAUGAGUUUGUCUAGGUAGGUUCAGGCCCAUGACACAAACUGAGCACGCAGGCUAUGAGAACAGCCCAGGGAUGUGGGAGCGUGGACAGAUGGGCAUAGGGGACCUCUUUCCAUUUACCAGACCACUGAAAGCAUGUGUGAAGAGCUCUUAAAAUAAUUGGCUCUAAUGUGCCAUUAAGUGGCCAUUUGGAGUUAUUGUCGGGUGGCCACUGAAUCCAGACCAUAUUGCAGACAUGUACACGUUUUGACGCCCUCAAGUUGGGUGUUAACUUUGGAGAUUGGAGAUUUCCCAGGAGACAUCCAAUGGGGUGCCUGGGGUUAUGUUCUAAGACAAUUUAGCGACCUUUGGGUGAUGGGGAUGUUACUGAACUAUUCGUGCCAGAGUCCCAAGAAGAGUUAAGUAAUGGGUCACGGGUGUAUAGCCAAGGUAGAUACAGGUCAUCAUGUGACUAACUAGGGGCUACAGCAGUGAUGUCCUGGAAUCGUCAGAAAGCAGUCCAACCUAGAUCUAGGAGUUCUGGACCAGCAGCCCAAGGAAUUUAUGAACCACUUUCAAGAAGGGAAGUAACCCAAGGGUCCGGACGGGGCAUUGAAAUGUGUGUGUUUGAAAGCUUUUUGUGGUCUGGUAGCAGGAAACGUGGAACUGAGUGGUUGGUUUGGGCCUAUCUGACUGCAUAACCCACAUGGCAGAGGCUAGCUCCAUGUGGUGGACUGAGACAGUGGCAGAAGUGCUCGAAGUAUCGUGUUCUGUAUUCUAGCAAAACACAUGAAAUUUUCCUGGCGCAUGGCACCACUAGCACUCACUUUACAAGCCUUGGGCAGAGAUGGGGGGUAGUGAGGCUCUCUCGAGUGGGCAGGAGCGGGCAGCCAAGCCUUUCACGUCAUGUGUGUGGUAAAGCAAGUUUGAGACUGUGUUUUGGCAGGACACAAGGAGUGGGGCCAGACCCACUUUUCCCGAAAUGAACCAGGAGCAAAUUUGAGAAGGGGAAGGGCAGUAGACAGAGUCCUGGCAGGGGACAGGGCCAGACCCCCUUUUCAGGUGAAACAGCUGAACUAGUGGCUGCAGCAGGCUGCAAAUGAGGGAGGGCGGAAGGGAAAGUCCACGCCACAGGUCACUAGCGAGAAAGUGCCACUUUAGUGGCUAUGUAGAGUUUUUUGUUAACUGUGGAUUAGACCAAGAUAUGGCAGGAAAGACUGACCCCUGACUGAGACACGUGGGGACUGGGGACUAAAGCUCAGAGCCGGUGCAGUGAGUUGAGAGCAGUUGUCCAGGCCCAACCUGGAAUUCUUAGCCUUGAGGAAGAAACUGUCUCAAAAGGAAAGAGGAAAGUCUCACCCAAGGGAAGGAGUCCUAGAACGAGGGUCAGGGCAGCACAGGGGUAGCUCUGAGCUCAAGAAAUCUUCCCUGGGACCAUGUAGAUGGAUGUUUACUUUGACCAGUGAGGGUGGGGGCUUACCAGUUCUGGGCUAGCGAGCGAUCUGGAUGGAAACCUGCAGAGUUUCAAAAUCUGAGUCACAGCACCAUAUGAUGUGUUAAUAAAAAUAUAAGGGAAAAAGAAAAUGUUCUGUGGAUGUGUGGUGAAGUGUAGGGUAAGAGGGUGCCUCGGAGGGCCCAUGCCAAGGCAUCCCUUCCCCUUGAGAGACCAGCCACAUGACAGUAUAGUAUAAAAUAGUUUAUUCAGUGCAUGGGAAGGGGAGUUAAGAGGGUAGUAGAGGCAGAGAAAGGCAAAGAGAGGGAGAGAGUAGAGAAGUAGAUGCCAUGACCACAUGGAGAGAGGGGAAGGGCAUGGGAAGGGGAAAGGAAAAGCAAGAGAGAACAAGAGAGGGAGGAGGGGGCAAGCAACCCCUUUUAUAGUGGAUCAGGCCUACUUGGCUGUUGCAAGGUAACUGUGGGGAGGAGUUUAGACAGAAUGCUAACAAUAUGCAUUUUUUUAAAGGUCGAAUCUAAAGGCGUAUGAGGAGUUAGGGCGCAAGGGAAAGGAAGCCCAUUGCUUUUACCACAGUGUAUUUUGGAUAAUGUCUUGAGACCUAUCUACCUACCUAACUGGCUCGUAUCAUCUGUCUCCUGAAUGUUUUGUUUGUUGAUGAUUUAUCUUAUUGGUUGGUUUGUUUAUUUUUGAGAUAGGCUCUCACUGUGCAGGCCUGGCUGUCCUGGAACUUACUAUAUAGAUAGACUAGGUGGAUCCCAGAGGUCCACCUGCCUCUUCCUCCUGAGUGCGGAGAAUAAAGGUGCAUGCUUCUAAACCAGGCUCAGGUCCAUUUCUCAGUGUGGGUCUGUGCGUGUGAGCGUGGUGCCUGCUCUGACCAGAGGCACUGAGUCUACUACUAGGUCUAGAACACCAGGUUUCUCACUCAGUGUCUCUGGGUAUUUGGCACAGUCUCUGACACUGGAAAGGCUCCUUGGUAGAAGAACAGAAGAAAAGCAAAAAACUGACUUUGUUAGCUGAGACCUGUUCUGCACCUCCCCUGUCUGCAUAACAAGCUCUCCAACACCUAGCUUUGUUUUUUUUUAAUUGUGUGUGUGUGUGUGUGUGUGUGUGUAGAGUGUUUUGCCAUCAUGUAUGUGUAUGCACCAUGUGCAUGUCUGAUGCCCACAGAGGCCAGAAGAAGACAUCAGAUCCCCUAGGAUUAGAGUCACAGUGGGUUGUGAACCAUUCAUUAUGUGAGUGCUGAGAAUCAAACCCAGGUCCUCUGGAAGACCUCUGAGCCAUCUCUCCAGCUCUGUUAGCUGUUUCUGUUUUUUAAAGAAUAUCUUUUCAAAAUGUCUUUUAAUUCUUUGACAAUUUUAUUUAUGUCAUAAUCCCUCUUGACCAUAUGUGUCCUCACCUUUCUCCUACUGCCCCCAGAGACUCCCAACGCUUCCUCCUCAGCUCUUCAUGUCUUUGCCAUUUUUAUUUGGUUAAUACUCUAGAGUCCAGUCAGUGUUGCUGUGGGAACAUUGACUGAUCUUGCUGACUUGAUCUUAUACUAUAGUGAUGCAGGGGCUACUUCACUGUGAGUUCGUGGAUGCAGGGGCCACAUCACUGUAAGAUUGUGGAUGCAGGGGCCACAUCACUGUGAGUUCAUGGAUGCAGGGGCCACAUCACUGUGAGUUCAUGGAUGCAGGGGCCACAUCACUGUGAGUUCAUGGAUGCAGGGGCCACAUCACUGUGAGUUCAUGGAUGCAGGGGCCACAUCACUGUGAGUUCAUGGAUGCAGGGGCCACAUCACUGUGAGUUCAUGGAUGCAGGGGCCACAUCACUGUGAGUUCAUGGAUGUAGGGGCCACAUCACUGUGAGUUCAUGGAUGCAGGGGCCACAUUACUGUGAGUUCAUGGAUGCAGGGGCCACAUCACUGUGAGUUCAUGGAUGCAGGGGCCACAUCACUGUGAGUUCAUGGAUGCAGGGGCCACAUCACUGUGAGUUCAUGGAUGCAGGGGCCAAGACAGCCUUUCACAGUGCUGCUUCCCAUCACCUGGGGCUUAUAUUCUUUCUACCCCUCUUCUGUGGUGUUCCCUGAGUUUUGGGAGUAGGUAAUUGAUACAGAUGCCCCAUUUAGGGCUGAUUUUCAAUAUACUUAAUUCUCAGCACUUUGAUAUGAAUCUCUGUAUUAACUCCUGAUCAUUGCAAAGAAAAGCGUCUCUGCCCAAGGUUGAAGACAUAACUAAUCUAUGGGCAUAAGUACAAAUAUUUAGGAGGCAGUUUGACAACAUGUGGUUUAGCAAAAUAACUAGUGGCUUCCUCCCUUGGGCUGGUGAUCUUGCAAGCUAUGGGCUUUUGACAGAAUUUACAGUAUGAAACCUGAAUUCCUUUCUUUGUAACAGGUCUCAGAUCUAAUGCAAAAGUAGUUGGGUACCUCAUAACUUCAUGCCACUAUCACACUGGUAGGCACACCUUGUCUGGCAGGGUGUUAAGCAUGCAGGCUUCACUGCUGAGUGAUCCUGUUGGUGUCCUGUCUUCCCCAGCAGCCUCCAUAGCCUUCCAACAACGGUCCCAGUUUGAUUUCUCUGUGUCCUAUAGUCAAACUGUAGGGUCUUGUGAGUUAGUCCUGGUGCCAACUAAGAGCAGUGGCCAUAGCCUGUGCUAUUUGGGGGGCCUCUGGCCAGUGGUUAGGUUAUUUCUUAACAGCUAUCUUGCUUUCCCUACCAACUUCAUACUUCCAAAACUUCCCAGCAGGAUACUAGCUGACACUGGGUACUGGGGAGCCUUUGAUGUUACUUAGUCUUCUCGUCAGCUAUAGAAAGACUACACCCAUGCCAGCCACUCUAAUUCCAGCUGCAGGAUGCAUUCUUCAGAUUUCAUAUGUCACAAAGUCCUAGAGAGCCUGGGCAGACGGGGGUAACGAUUGCGAACACUGUGGCUUUACACACACACACACACGCACGGUUAAUAGGGAGCCAACCACUAUAGUUGAGCAAAACAAUAGACUUAAACCAUAGUAUUUUAGGGGUAACAAUUUCUCUGCACAAUCCUGAUGUGAGAUCUUAUCUAUACAAAUGUAUCCAUAUUCUGACCUGAUAUAGUAUCGUCCCUCUUAUUUGUGGAGAAUAUAUCUCAAGACUCCCAAACGACACGCGAAGCCACAGAUAGUACUAAACUUUAUAUACUACAUCGUUUCCUGUUCAUCAUAUAUACCUCAGGUAUAACUUAGUAAAUUAAACUUUUUAUUAACUAGCCACAAGAAGUUAACAACAACAAUAAUGAGACAGAAUAAUUAUGGAAACUGCUAGCACCACUGUUCUUUUUCUUUGGAACCAUUAUUUAGUAAAAUACAGGUUACUUGAAUCUGAGGACUGAAAUGCUCUGACAAUGGAUCUGGUAACUGAGACAGUUUCUAAUUAACAGGUGGGUAGAACUCAAGGUAUAGAUAAACUGGACAGAGGAGUGAUCCGUGUCAUAAGCAGAAAGACACAUGAGUCCUCUGUGCUGGUCACAACGUUUUGCCAUUUAAAACUUAUAAAUUGUUUAUUUCUGGAAUUUUUUGUUGAGCAAUUUUGGACUGGAGCUGACUGUGGGUAAAUGAAACCACAGAAAAGAAAACUGGAUAAAGAAAGGUUACUGUAUCAACUUCUGUAGUUAAAACAAGGUUACUGUAUCCACUUUCAGGAUAUUACCCUCUAGUUCUGUGAAAUGGCAUCCAUGCAUGAGCUAUAGGGCUGUUACAGCAUUGCUAUAGUGAUGAGAGGUGAAAACAGAAGGUGUCAACAGAGGACCACAAUCCCUCUGGCCAGCAAGAUACUUAAAAAUGGAUGGAUAGAUGGAUGUAUGGAUAGAUGGAAAGAUAGAUAGAUGAUAGAUGUAGGAUA